AUGUUCUUUUUCUGCUUCUAUCUUUUUUCAUGCUAUCUAUAUUUUUUCAUCUGUUUUCAUUUUUUCUUUUCAUUCCUUCUUUUUCGUAUGCUUGUUUCUUUACCUACUUUCUUUUCUUUUCAUCAUUUUUCAUUUUCUUUCAUUUUUUUCUUUUGCUUCUUUCUUUUUCACUUUUCUUAUCGUCAUUUUUUCUCUCCUUUUAUAUUCUUUCCUUUUUUCUUUUCUUUCUCGUUCAUCUUUCUUUUCUUAGAUAUUCCUUAUUUCUUUUCUUUUCAUCAAUGUUUUUCUUCUUUCCUCUUCUUUUUCUUCUUUCUUUUUCUUCUUUAUUUUCAUCAUUGUUUAUCUUCUUUCCUUUUCUUCUUUCUUUUCUUUUCGUCAUUGUUUAUCAUGUUUCGAUUCUCCUUUUCCUACAUCUUUUUUUUUCAAAUUUUUUGUUCUUUUUCAUCUUCUUUCUUUUCUUUUUGUCUUCUUUUACUUUUCUUUUUCUUUCUAUUUAUCGUCCCUUUUUCAUUGUUAUUUUCCUUUCUUUUUUGUCUUUUAUUUCUCUCUCCCUCUCUCAUUGUCUUUUUUCUUCUUUUUUGCUCGCUUACUUCAUUUUUCUCUCUUUAUUUUAGUUCAAAAAAAAAACAACGUCUUCGUUUCCCAAUGUUCAUUGCUCCUCCUCCUCCUCCUCCCCCUCCUCCUCCUCCUCCUCCUCCUCCCCCUUCUCCUCCUCCCUCCUCCCUUCUCCAUCCUCCUCCCCUUCUCCUCCUCCCCUUCUCCUCCUCCCCUCCUCCUCCUCCCCCUUCUGCUCAUCCUCCUCCCCCUUCUGCUCAUCCUCCUCCCCCUUCUCCUUCUCCUCCUCCUUCUUCUUCUUUCACCUAA